AUGAAUAACUCAACGCUGAACCACAACAUAACUGAAUCCACCACAAACUCUAUAAUUGGUUUAAUGAGCCUCAUGCAUGUUUGUGUUCUAGGCAUCAAUGACCUUUUUGGUCUUCCUACACACACCUAUGUCAUAUGGCUUAUAGUCACAAGGUCAGAAAGUGAAAUUGCAUUAGAGUUUUUCAAUCUCAAUCUCUCUGUCUGUGAAAUUGGAAUCUGUCUGAAUUGUUUCUUCCUCGCACUGUCAAUGUGGUUUUCAAGUCUCCAGAAACUGUCCUAUUUUUCCAAAGGCAUAGGUACCACCGGCCGUCCUCUGUUUCAGUGUCUGAUCUGUGUUGAGCGUUACCUGGCUGUGGUUCAUCCUGUAACCUUUCUGAAGUAUAAACCUCUCAGAUAUAAAGUCAUCUGCUGCACGGCUGCCUGGAUCAUUUGUCUUGGAUCCUGUUUGUGUUGCUUGUUUAUUUUGGUAUUUUUUACUUUUGAUAUUUAUGUAUUGUUCUACUCCGUGCAGUUCCUCCUCUUUCUCUUCAUUCAGUUGUUUUGUUGUGUGGCUGUUCUCCGAGCUCUGAAGCAGUCAGGACCAGGAGAGAGAGGGAGAGGGAGAGAGGAGGAAAACCACACGAAGAGAAGAGCGUUUCAUCUCAUUCUCAUAAUUACUGUCAGCACGCUUAUUGCUUAUUUCCCGUCUUCUUUAGUGGGAUUGUUUAUUGUAAUGAUAAAACGGUAUAUGCAGGAACUGUAUUUAAUUGCGUUGGUUUGUUUUGUGUUGGCUGGUUUUGUUCAGCCUGUUCUUUAUCUGCACCGGGCUGGAAAGUUCUGCUGCUUUUCUUCAGCAUAA